CAUCCUAAAAAAAGUAUCGAAAAGGUGCUUUUUCCUUUAAUUUAAAACUCAGGAAUGAUGGCUCGCCAUUUAGCCAAAAUGUGAUGUUGCAUCCAAUUGCCAAGUGGCUGUCAUUCACAACAUACCCUAUUUAUUAAUUGGAAAGCCAAAACCCACUACUAUACUGCUUCGCAUUGCAUAAUAUUCAAUCAAACAUGGCUUCCUGUUUACCAAAUAAUGCAUCUCCAUUUUUGUUUAUGCUCUCAAUGUGGCUCUUAAUUUCCAUCUCUGAAGCUGCAAAGUAUGUGGUUGGAGGCAGUGAAACCUGGAAGUUUCCUCUCUCAAAACCAGAUUCACUCAGCCACUGGGCCAGCUCUCACCGAUUCAAAAUCGGCGACACUCUCAUAUUUAAAUACGAUGAGAGAACAGAGUCAGUGCACGAAGUGAAUGAGACGGAUUAUGAACAAUGCAACACGGUGGGGAAAGAACACGUUCUGUUCAACGAUGGCAACACCAAGGUGAUGCUUACCAAAUCUGGAUUCAGACACUUCAUUAGUGGAAAUCAGAGUCAUUGCCAAAUGGGGUUAAAGCUAAUGGUAGUUGUCAUGUCAAACAACACCAAAAAGAAACUAAUUCAUUCACCAUCACCAUCACCUUCACCAUCACCUUCACCUUCACCUUCACCCUCACCUUCACCAUCAUUAUCAUCGCCAUCACCUUCACCACUUCCAAAUAAUCAAGGUGUUACUCGUAGUUCAGGCGCUGAAUUCAUUGGAGUUAUGAUGUGGUUGGGGGUGAUGAUGUUAUUGCUUUAAAUUAGAGAGUAUUGUGUAUUUACAUGUUAAUUUCUCCAUAACUAAUCACUAUAUAUGCAAUAUAUAUUUGUGUGGUUAGUUAAUUAGGUCAAGCAUGCAUUUUCGCUUUCAUUUUUGUAUUUUUUUAAGUCUGGAAGAUUUUCUAUUGAUUGUGCAAUUGUGCCCUUAAACUCCAAUGCCUACUCGUUGUAAUUUUGAAAUUGAAUAAGCCAUUUGGAUUUUUAAAUGC